CAAGGGGACUCUAAAACAUGAUCUGUGUACCAAUGAGUACAUUUUUACGUCAGCGCUGUUGUCGGUGCAAGCCGGAUGCGGAAUUCGUAUCGACCAGCUAUCGCAAGGUUCGAACCAGGCUCAAAUCACAGCGAUGUCUGCGAAAAAAAUUACAUUUAUAUAGAUUCUUACAUUAUUUUAAAUUUUAUUUUUGUCGAGAUUUCUAUCCUGGCUACAGGUCUGCGUAAAUACGGGAUUCAAUGAAAUAGAGUUCAUUAAGAAUGAAUUGAAUUAUUUGUAUCGCCGCUAAUGAUGAAAUAAGGGAAAGUAAUCCUCUCGUGUGACGUCACGGAGAAAGAUGACGUUUGUCAGAUGUCACCUGUAUGGCUGUUUUCUUCUCCUGUCACAACAAAUCAUCCUGUGGGAUCGCCAUGUUUUCUUUGCGAAAUUUCAUCCUGUGUCUUUCAAUUGUUGCAAUCGUACUUGGUGUGCUUUUGAACCUUUUCAUACAGUGGAUUUGCUCAACUCCUGGAAUUAUCAGAAAACCUCUGCCAAAAUAUGAUUACAUCGUGGUGGGUGGAGGGACAGCUGGUUGUGUGGUGGCCCGCAGAUUGUGGGAGAGAACAAAUGCCUCUGUACUCUUGAUUGAAGCAGGCAGUACACCCUCUUGGAUGGCAUCCAUACCCCUUCUAGCCCCCGCUCUCCAGCACACCUCCAGUGACUGGGCUUACAAGACCACAUCUCAGAAGUACUCACAAAAAGGACUUCUCAAUGCAGUAAGUACAGCCAUUUCUUUUGCUUUAUUUGGGGGUAUAAUUAUUGUUACUGUUCAGUAUACUAUUCCAGCGACACCGACAUUAGUAACCUCCUUAACUUCAUUAUUUCCUGAUCUUACUUUAACAAAUAAUCCAGAUGUUUUAACAUCCACAACAUGGAAUGUAAUGGAUAUAAACAAUAAACGUGGUCAAAGUGGUCCACUACACGUCACGGAAUUCGAAGGAUCUUCACCCUUGGUGAAAGCAUUCAUGGAGGGUGUUCAAGGAUUAGGCAUACAGAUUGGUGAUUUGAACGGGGAUAUAGAAGACGGGGCUAUGCUUUCCCAAAGUAAUAUUUGGCGUGGUUGGCGAGUCUCCUCUUAUGAUGCUUAUUUAAGGCCUGUCAUUUCCUCGUCGAAUAUUCGUCUUCUGACGAAUACUUUGAUUAUAAAGGUGGUUCUGGAUGAGAGGAGAGCUGUAGCAGUUGUGGCCGUCAAUACCAUUUCGGGAGAGGUCUUCCAUAUCGAAGCAACGGAAGAAAUAAUACUGAGUGCAGGGGUCAUAGGAUCGCCGCUCAUUCUGAUGUGGUCAGGCAUGGGGCCUCAGAAAUAUUUGGAAAAGCAUAAUAUCUCCAUGAUGUUUGAUUUACCUGGUGUGGGACAGAAUCUGAUGGAUCAUUUGAAUGUACCAUUGUAUUUCCACUUGGAUUCUCCUGUCAGCACUACAACAGCUAAAGUUCGAUCACUCAACAGCGUAUGGAAAUAUCUCAAAGAGGGAAAAGGCCCUCUGUCCAAUGCCGGAGUGGAAUCGAUUGUGAGAUUGUCGGGAGCAUCUAAGAAUGAUUCCAAAAUGUUGUUUAUGUUCUUCAACCUCGGAAGCAUUAAUGAAAAAAUAUUUACAGCAGUGUCGAAUUUCGACAAAAACUAUUUUGAGGAAACUUUUCCUGAUACUAAGAAUGACUCGAAAGAAGGAUUCGUAAUUCUGACUUCCUGCUCACAGCCAAUCAGCAAAGGACACGUUUCACUUUCGUCAUCCCAUCCCCUGGAUCCUCCAAUCAUUGAGCCAAAUUAUCUUCAACAAUCAGAAGAUGUGAAAUGUCUUAAAAGAGCAAUCAAAAUGGCGGCUAAACUUGGUUCGACGAAACCCUUGCGAGAUUUAGGAUCCAGACUUCAUCUUCCUGGUUAUCACUCUUGUUCAGAGUACAAACAGAGCCUUGACGAUGAGGGUUACUUAGAGUGCUGGAUCAGAAUAUCAGCCAUAACAGCCUACCAUCCAGUGGGGACAUGUGCUAUGGGAGAUCACUCCAUGUCUGUAGUAGACUCCACAUUAAGGGUUCAUAAUGUAGAGAACCUGAGGGUAGUGGAUGCUUCAGUGCUCCCUCGUCACAUUUCGGGAAACCCUAACGCUGCCGUCACGAUGAUUGCCGAGAGAGCCAUCGAUUUCAUCGUCCACAAUUGAUAUUUUUUUACUCUAACUGAAUUAAUUCUUCUCGCAUUUUAACUUUUCCUAAUCAUUAUUUCACUAAGUUCAAAUAAAAUAAUUUGUGAUUAUUUAUUAGAAAAAAAAAUGCAUCUGAAUUUAAACGUAAUUAAAAGUCACUGGCCAUAUUAUUAGACGAGCUGUAAAAUUCUAUGUAAAAUCUUAAUUAUCACGUGAUACUAUAUACAGAUUUAUUUUUUUUACGCUGCUGAAACCGGUUUGAACUCGUUUAUGUUCGUGUAUUAAUUGGUUAACAUUGUAAUACAAUAAGUUGAAAAUAAAUACAAAUAAGAAGUGUUAAAAAAAUCCCCUCUAUAAAAACCCAUUGCAUGCAUGUGUAAAUAUAAAAGUAUUGCAUAGAAACUCGUGCAAAAGCAUGCAAUUAUUAAAGCACUACAGUGCGUCUAAUAAUUUGGUCUAAUUAUUAUCAUAUACUAGUAUAAUACCUGAUAUAAUAAAUAUUCUAUGUUUAUAUAAUAUAUCGUCUAAUUUACAUUAUAUAUUGUCUAAUUUAACCAAUUGAUACACGAACAUAAGCAGGUGCAAACCGGUUUCAGUCGCAUAAAUACGAUAAAGCUGUAUGGUAUCACCUGAUAUUAUAGAAUUUACAUAGAAUCUUAUAGUGCGUCUAACAAAUUGGCAAGGCACUGUAUAAUUCGAAUUUUUUAAACUGAUUUCUGUAUCAUAAAUGUGUUCAUUUGGUGCGAUCUCCCAAUUAAGUUGACAAGAAACGACUCUUGCUAUUAUGUAAUGAUUUUUUGUAUGCAUUAAAAUUUUUUUAAUGUG